CCGCCACGCGUGGGAGCGGAGCGGGGCGGGCGGCAGCGGCGCUUUGUCCUGCCCACACACACAGACACACGCAGCGCAGCCGGGCGGGAGCCGGCAACAUGGCCGGGCCGGCGGAGGGGCUGCCCGCCGCCGCGCUGCCCGGCUAGCGUCGCGGGGCCCGGCGCUGCGAGUGGGGCGGCGCUGCCGCCGGAGCCCCCCACCCACCCCGCCGGCCGCCCCCGGCUCCGGCCGCCGCCGGGAAGAUGAGUGAACAGAGUAUUUGCCAAGCCCGGGCUUCAGUUAUGGUCUAUGACGAUACCAGUAAAAAAUGGGUGCCAAUCAAACCUGGACAGCAGGGAUUCAGCAGAAUCAACAUAUACCACAACACGGCCACUAACACCUUCAGGGUAGUUGGAGUUAAACUGCAAGAUCAACAAGUAGUGAUUAAUUACUCAAUUGUGAAAGGAUUGAAGUACAAUCAAGCAACACCUACCUUUCAUCAAUGGCGUGAUGCACGGCAGGUCUAUGGCUUGAAUUUUGCAAGCAAAGAAGAGGCUACCACGUUCUCCAACGCAAUGCUGUUUGCUCUGAAUAUCAUGAACUCACAAGAUGGAGGUCCAGCUGCCCAGCGCCAGGUCCAGAAUGGGCCAUCUCCAGAUGAGAUGGAAGCACAGAGAAGACAAGUGAUGGAGCAACAGCAACAGCGCCAGGAAUCUUUGGAAAGAAGAACCUCUACCACAGGCCAAGCACUUCCACCUGGUCAUCCCAGUGGUGCUGCUGUGAUCCCUGCUUCGUCUGGGGGGCCCCCACCUCCACCACCCCCCCCAGUCCCUCCGCCACCCAUGGGAGCCGCACCCCCCCCGCCGCCCCCGCUGCCGGCAGGCGCUGGCCAAGGGGCUGGCACUGAAGAUGGGUCAAUGUCAGGGCUUGCAGCGGCUCUGGCUGGUGCCAAACUAAGGAGAGUUCAACGGCCAGAAGAUGGUUCAGGAGGGUCCAGCCCCAGUGGGGUCUCUAAGAGCGAUGCCAAUCGAACAAGUAGCGGAGGAGGUGGAGGAGGACUAAUGGAAGAAAUGAAUAAAUUACUGGCAAAAAGGAGGAAAGCAGCGUCGCAGUCAGACAAGCCAGCUGACAAAAAGGAAGAGGAAAGCCAAAAUGAUGAUGCUAGCACCUCUCCUUCACCCAGUACACGAGGUCCCACCCAGCAGCAGCAAAAUUCAUCAGACUCUGGGAAGAAGCCAUGGGAAAGGAGCAAUUCUGUUGAAAAGCCUGUAUCUUCAUUACUUUCUAGAAAUCCAUCAGUGGUGAAGAGCUGUGAAGCUAAGAGCCCCACACAAUCCCACGUGUCUUCUAGGAUGAAGCCAGUGAGCAGCAGCAAUGAUGUGGCUAUGGAUGCCUUAGAUUUUGAUCGAAUGAAACAGGAAAUAUUGGAGGAAGUUGUAAGAGAGUUACACAAAGUGAAAGAGGAGAUAAUUGAUGCCAUACGGCAGGAGUUGAGUAGAAUCAGUACAACAUAAUGAUUGCAAAGCAUUUGGACGGUACCAAGAAUGCUAGGAAGAUCGGAUCAUUUCUAAGUGUACCAAGGUCAUGCAAGAUGGUGAGAGAGGACACCGGCACUGUCUUUGUUCUUAAACCCUUUUUAUUAGCAGACUCAGCACACUUUGAAGCUUGCUGCUGCCUUGGAUUCGCUUCAUUUUAAAAGUCUUAAUCUAAAGAAUAUUAAAUUUUAAAUUUCUGGAUUUUUUAGAUUUCAUCUGACACUGCACAUUGGAUUUGUCAGCCUUUUUUGUAUUUUGUAUUUGCUUAUUUAAAUGUAUUACCUUUCUUUUUAGUAGUAGAUAAGAACACAUGUGAACCAUUUGCUUUUGAUAGAUGACUUCAAAGUAAUUUUAUUAGUAGUCUGCAAUGUAAAUGAAGAUCCUUUGCCAACAGAAAUGUAUUGUGGCAUCACCAGAAGAAAGAGAGACAUGUUAGUUGUCAGCCAACAAGUUCUUUGUCUCAGAGUUAUCACAAUAUAAAAAAAUGGUACGUCAGUGCAUCACAGUAUCUGUGUUCAUAUUGGUAAUAAACUGUUUAUUGUCCA